AUGACAGGAGAAAUAAGUUCAGGUUUCAUACAUAGAAACAAUUUAACGAAAAAGCAGACUACUGAUGUCAUUUUUGUAGAGGAUACAGAAAACGCCGAUGAUGAAGAGUUUAUUUCAAAUAUGAAAACGAUUAUUGAUAAAAAUUAUAAAACGCAAGAUAAAGAAAAUUAUAACAUAAGAGAUUUGCAAAGCAAAUCGUAUAUAUCAAGAAAAAAAAAGUGUGCAUUCAGCGACGAAGAUCAAAAUCUGAUGAAACGAUUUAAAAAAUCUGUCGACGAAAGGAAAGCUUCGUAUACAGAAGUUUCACAGAAGUUGCAGCAGGCUGAGCACGCCAUUAUUUCCGUUAGCAAUCAGAAUUGCUUAACUUACACUACUCCACAAAUUAUCCCAUUUAUAAAAUAUAAUAACAGCGAUAUGAGUUCCAGCAACUCGAAUGAACUGAUUUUCCAUCUAACUUCAAAAAUGCAAAAUAAUGAUGGGUUGAUGGGAGAAAUAGCAGGGAAUGCAAAAACUGUUACCGAAAUAGAAAUUGAGCGGCUAAUUUACAACGAUAUGCAGUACUUUACACCUCCUCAAAAAGACAACUUGUAA